AUGCCGGAGAUAGCAGAUUCUCGGAUGCGCUCAUCUUCGUCUCGGCCCACCGGAUUUGUGCCUCCUACUGACUACCUCUUCAAGCUGCUGCUCAUUGGGGACUCGGGCGUGGGGAAGUCUUGCCUGCUGCUGAGGUUUGCGGAUGAUUCAUAUCUGGAGAGCUAUAUCAGUACUAUUGGUGUUGACUUCAAAAUCCGCACCGUUGAGCAAGAUGGGAAGACGAUAAAGCUGCAAAUUUGGGAUACUGCUGGACAAGAGCGAUUUAGGACCAUCACAAGCAGCUACUACCGCGGUGCCCAUGGCAUCAUUGUUGUGUAUGAUGUGACUGACCAGGAGAGCUUCAACAACGUCAAACAGUGGCUUAAUGAAAUCGACAGGUACGCUAGUGAAAAUGUGAACAAGCUUUUGGUGGGGAACAAGUGCGAUCUAGCUGAGAGCAGAGUGGUUUCUUACGAGGCUGGCAAGGCCCUUGCCGAUGAGAUUGGAAUACCAUUCCUGGAAACCAGUGCCAAGGAUGCAACAAAUGUGGAAAAGGCAUUUAUGACCAUGGCCGCAGAGAUAAAGAACAGGAUGGCAAGCCAGCCUGCUGGAAAUGCCAGCAAGCCUGCCACCGUGCAAAUGCGGGGUCAGCCUGUUGCUCAGCAGAAUGGAUGCUGCUCGUCUUGA